UUGGCUACACUGAAUCUAAAUCUAUCACAAUUUUUACCAUGUUGUUUUUUUCGUGAAUUUUUCUAUAAUUUUGUAAAAAUAUUAAUAUUCUAUGAUUAACUAGAAGCAAUUAAAUUUCAAAAAUGGAAAAAGCUGCGCCUGCCGGUCCGAAGAUAGUAGAAAUCGAUCUACACAAACUAACGUUACCAGAAUUGUCACACCAAAAGCAACAGUUUGACCAGGAGUUAUCUUACUUACAAGAUUCCAUACACACGUUGAAAGUCAUUCAAAGUAAAUUUCAAGAAUCGAGGAAAAGUGUGGAAAAAGCUCAGAAAUAUUCUGCCGGACAAAAAUUGCUAGUUCCUCUGACCGGAUCUAUGUACGUCGAUGGUGAAAUCGCCGAAACAGAUUCGUUUAUUAUUAAUGUUGGAACUGGAUAUUAUAUUCGCAAGAACGCCGAAGGUGCGAAAGACUAUUUCCAACGUAGGCUUACAUAUCUUAUUCAGCAAAUAGAAACUUUACAAGCUCUAGGCAACGAAAAGAGUAGAAUAAAAGAUGCCAUCGUAGGAGUAAUGCAAACCAAAAUUCAAGCCUUAGCUCAGCAAGCUAAAGCGAAAGAAGAAUCAUAAUCCUGUACUAAAUUAACCUUAUAAGUUUAUUGUACAUAUUCUUAACUAUUUAUCAGCUUUGUAAUACUGUUUCUUUUUUUAUGCAUCUCAUUGUACUUAUAGAAAUCCGGAAAUUAAUACACAACUGAUGUGAUUGUUGAUAAUAUUUAAUAUAAUUUUUAUAUUCCUUACAGUGA